UGGGCACGAUGAUGAAAUUGUAACGGAUACAAUUUGCGGUACAAGUGCAACUAAACAGGAUGAUGGGAUCUCAAUCGGCGAAGUAUCUGAAGUUGUUGAUAGUGACAGCAGCCAAUGCAAUGCGACAACAGCCACAUGGACAGUUUGGUAUAACACUGAAGAUCCAUUAAUGUCAAAUGGAAAUGAUGUUGAGAGUUUAAAAGAGAUUCGAGAGAAGUAUCCACAUGCUAUUUGUGAUAAGCCAAUAACGAUUGAAUAUGAUCAUAAUAGUACAAGAACGAACACGUUUUACCAGACAAUCGUCAAUCUAAAUGGUGUAUUUUGUAUGGGUACGCUUAAUUCACCGUGUCCAGAUUAUAGAGUCCGUUUUUGUUGUCCAAAAGAAAAAGCUGAACAAUCUCAGCAAUGUGGUUUGUCGCAUUAUUCUCCAACGUUAAUGCCUAAUCAACGUAUUGUUAAUGGCGUGCAAGCUGUAGCACAUUCAUGGCCAUGGGCAGUAAGUUUACAAUACAAUGGCAUACAUGAUUGUGGUGGUGUCAUUAUUGACGAGUAUCACAUAUUGACAGCAUCCCACUGUCUUGAUUACGAGAAUGACUUGCAGAAUUACAAAGUCAAAGUGGGAGCACACCAUAAAUACACUUCAGGACAAUCCUAUCCUAUAGAACGAUUGUAUCUACAUCCAUUGUACGAUGAAAGUCGAUCAACAAAUGACAUUGGAAUUAUCAAACUUGCAAAACCUAUUCAAUUUACAAAUCGAGUACAACCAAUAUGUUUAGUGGAAAAUAUAACGGAACCGCCGUUGGAUGAAACUGUGUUUAUAGCAGGAUGGGGGACUACAAUUGUUAACGACUCGAAUAGUGCAAGUGAUGUUUUAUUACAAGCUCGUUUACGUGUAAUUAGUGAUUGUUCAAUGUAUUUUGCUUAUACACAUCAAGAACAAAUUUGUACGAUGCCCAACGGUUUUUCUGUUAAUGAUCACGGGUCAUGUCAAGGCGAUAGUGGUGGCGGCUUAUUCUACAAUAAAAAUAAUCAAUGGUAUGUUGCUGGCGUUUUCCCUCAAGCACAUCACAGUGGAUGUUAUUUCCAUUUUACUCAAGCGACCUAUCGCAAUAUUCAAACACUCGGUCUCGCAACGGCAUAUAGAGAUGAUGAAGAUUCAAGAAGUGCAUGUCGAAAACUGAUGUCAUUGGCUUUAAUUCCAUCAGGUGACGUCAAAAUUGCUUUUGAAGAGUUACAAGACGAUUCUGCCCCUACACUACGUCCGCUAUUCAAUUAUUUCUCACGUUUCUGGUUAAAUGAAACGCCCAUUCAUUUAUGGAAUGUUUGCGGGACGAGUCGACGAACUAAUAAUGCUUCAGAAGCUGAUCAUCAUGAAAAUAUUCGAGACAUUGAUGUUGUACAAUUAUAUACCACUCCUCAUCCUGCACAUACAACAUCAAUUACAUCAUCAUCGUUGAUUUCAACAACAAGUUCGUGGUCGCUCAAAAUUAUUAUUCAUUUAGACGCUAUUGACCAAUUACUUCGUUUAUUAUCAGAAACGUUUGCAAAAUUACCGACAGAAAUUAUAAUUUGCAAUAUUAUUCUUAUUCAACGUAUUUCACUUGGUAAGCAUCAUUUUGUUCCAAUUAACACAAAUGCCGCUGAAUGUUUAACAACUGUUCGAAAACUAUUAAUUGAUCAAUGGCAUCUUAUAUCAGCGUACACUGUAAAAAAUAUAGUGUGCCCGCUAGUCAAAUCAGUAACACAAUGUUUAACUAUUCGUCCAGAAGCGGAUUUAUUAGCAGCAUUAGUUCUUUUGAAAGCUGUUUUACCAUUCUGA